AACCGGGAACGGGUUGGCUGGCAGUCGCGGUUUAGUAGUGACUUCCGCCAUAGUUGUUGGUGAGAGCUUCCAGUGAAGCUGUCUUUCAUUGUGUCACAUCAAGCUCCCUUCAACAUUUCUCCCUCUCUCUUUCUCAUUCUCCCCAUUGACGCCACUCUGCUCUUGCAUCGCGGCACAAACUAUUCGUCACGUCUCACCCUCUUGCCGAGAGUCCACCUCCUAGCUGUAUUGAGAGGACCACCACUGUCACUUACCCGGCUGUGCGUCUGUCACGAUCACGCGCGCCUCACUUUGGUCUGCUUCCGCUGCAUCUGGUCUUCGUGUCGACGCAAUACCGCACUUCACUGCGUUAUACCCGUAACCCGUAAGACGCAAAAUACAACCAUGUCUGAAAUAAUAUUUCCAGGCGUGCCUAUUCGUGAGGAUUGCGCAAGUUGUCCAGAAACUGGACCUCGUUGCCCGCUGCAUCAAAAUAUGUACCUUCGGGCUCUGGAACGACAAUCGGAAGCUGGCGCCGCAAAGCAGUCACAACAAGCUCAGCCCGAUGAUCGUAGUGGGCACCAAGUCACCAAGCAACCCAACAUGUCGAAGGAGGCAGUUAAAGCGAUGAACCGAACCAAGAACGAGGAAAGCCAGAUGAUCAAUGCUCUCAGGAGGAUGAAUUUCGACGGAACUACGAAAAAGGCUCGACUCAGCAGGCAACAGCUGCGUGACCAAAAGAAGGACAAGGCCGCUCCGACUCCCCCAGAUCCUGUCAAGGUGGCCAAGAGACAAGAGAAGGCUGCCCGUCGUGCCGCUGAUCCAGAGAGAGUCGCAAGAUUGGAAGCUCACAGACAAAAUGGAGCUGUGCGCAAAGCCAGGAUCAAGGCAAAACAUUCCCGCAACAUUGUCCAGCAUGGAAAUCAAGGUAAGAAUAGCAGCCACUCGGCUAUCGCCGAAGAGCUUGUGGCCGCUCCUCAACUUGACGACAUGGACGACAAAGUCAUCUCCACAGGCCCUGCUAGUAGGGCCAGAGGCCAAAAUGCCUCUCGCGAAGUGCAUAAGAAGCUUGAAAAUCUCGCCACCGUACAUAGCAUGACGGUGGAAGCUGGUUCGGAUGACUUCCUAGCCCGCGCUGAUUCUUUGAUCGAUCAAGUCCUGGCCUCUAUGCAAUCAGCUCUAUCAACGGCCGACCGCAAGAGUCUCGAAGAGGCACUCAGCCUUGUUCGCACAACCCAGCUGCUGUCAUCCAAAGACUACCGCCCUGCACCGCGCGAUAACGAACAAGAUCGUUCGGACCAGUUCGUCCAUGGACACAUGUCGGAACAUCACGCGGUCUACAAGCGUGAGGACACGACUGAUAAUGUACCCAUGAAGCUGCAAUUUGCUGAUGCAAGUGACUCUCUUGACUCCAACGGUGACGGGGCAUUCCACGGUCUGCUCAAAGGCGGAGCUCGCGGUCCAUCUGGUUUCUCGCAUAGCAGUGGUGCUGAGCGCGAUGCUAUGGUGGAGUAG